AUGUUUUUGGAAAAUUCAAAAACCUGGCUGUUAUUAAGCAUAUUAAAUUUUGGAUAUUUCAUUUUGCUAAUGUUUGCUUCUGUUGAACUUUUAAAAGCGAUUAAAGAUAAGGAAGUGUCUCCGAUGAACUUUUAUCUCAUUACACUUAUAAUUGGCAUUGCAAUCACAAUAUUACAUAUUUUUCUGGGAAAUUGGAAAGUUAUUUUGAUCUUAACAUUAAUCGUUGUUUAUAAAUUCUACAAUUUUCUUGUCAUUUUCUCAUUGAAGCAGGAAAUGAAAGAAGAAAUUUAA